AUGAAAUUCUCUAUAUUUUUCAUGCUGGCUGCGUCCAUAACGCUUGGCGCAGCGGCUAGCGAUAAGAGGGCAGCUGGUGACGAGACGGACAAGGAAAAGAAGGCAAAGGACAAGAAGGCAAAGGACAAGAAGGCAAAGGGCAAACCAGCAAAGGGCAAACCAGCAAAGGGCAGACCAGCAAAGGGCAAACCAGCAAAGGGCAAACCAGCGAAGCCCAAGCCAGCUCCCAAACCAGCUCCCAAACCAGCUCCCAAACCAGCUCCCAAACCAGCUCCCAAACCAGCUCCCAAACCAGCCCCGAAAACUCCGGCCACAUGUCAGUUUGGUGGCUUAACUGGAGUUUGCAGAAACAGCUUUUGUAUAGUCGGUGGUACAGACACUGGGAUAAAUUCUGCCUGUGUCAUUGCCAACCUUUAA